CCACCGAGACGGUUACACGGCUCAGAGCUGGAGGAGAGACCGAUGCGCUUAGGAAAGGGAACAUUACCUAUCUUUACAUUUAGCAGAUCGUUGCCACUCAGUUAUUCGUGUGGACAUUUUCGUUAUGAAAAUGAGAAUUCACAUAUAGCCUUUCAUAUGGAAUCAUUUUUCGGUUGGACGUAUGAUAUUCUAAAGCAUCAAAGAUGACAAAGACAAUUGGAUAUCGAGACUGGAGAUGGCAGGCUCUGUGGUGGCAUUUUUUCUUCCUCUUGUGGAAUACAAUAGACGGACAGACUCGCUACACCAUCCCGGAGGAACUAAAGCAGGGCUCCGUUGUCGGACAUUUAGCCAAAGAUCUGGGUUUGGGAUUAUCAGAGAUUUUCGACCGAAAACUGCGCGUCGCCUCGGAGGCUGGUAAGCAGUAUUUCAGCGUGGACACGGGGAAGGGUGAGCUGGUGGUGAACGAGAGGAUAGACAGAGAGGCGUUGUGUGGACAGCGAACCAGCUGUGUUUUACCACAGCAAGUUAUUAUUGACAAUCCAUUGCAGUUAUUUAGUGUCCAGGUCGAAGUACAGGAUAUAAAUGACAAUGGACCCGUGUUUCUCAAGACGGAGCAUGUUUUGAAUGUAGCGGAGUCCACAGUUACCGGUACGCGUUUUCCACUCAAAAGUGCAGUCGAUCUUGACGUAGGGGCAAAUGCUUUAAAAUCGUAUCAACUCAGUCAAAACGAGCAGUUUUCAUUGAAUAUUAAAACGAAUAAAGAUGGAAGCAAAGUUCCAGAAUUGGUCUUACAAAAAGGGUUGGACAGAGAAAAGCAACCGCUUUAUAGACUCGUUCUCACUGCAUUGGAUGGUGGUAAUCCUGUGAAAACGGGCACAUCCGAUAUCAUUGUUAACGUGUUAGACAUAAAUGAUAAUGCACCUCAGUUUGAGAAAUCCCUUUAUGAAAUCCAACUCAACGAGGACACGUUAAAGGGAAGCAUCGUUUUGAAGGUUAGAGCGGUGGAUCCUGAUGACGGGGAAAACGGAGAAAUAGUUUAUUCUUUUGCUGAAGACACAUUAGAAAAAAUAGUUGAGACAUUCACAAUAAAUACUGAGACCGGUGAGAUUUCGAUAAAUAAUGGAAUUGACUAUGAACAAUCGAGAGAAUAUAAAUUCGACAUUAGAGCGACCGAUAGGGGAACGCCUGCGAUGGAUGGUCAUUGCACAGUGCAGGUGGAGGUUUUGGACGUUAACGACAACCCCCCUGAGAUUCAUAUAACUUCUCUCUCCACUCCUGUCAGGGAGGACUCGCCGAUAGGUACCGUAAUUGCUCUAAUAAACGCGAGAGAUAUUGAUUCAGGUAAAAAUGGCAAGACGAAUUUAAGCUUAGGCAAGGAAUGUCCCUUUAAAUUGAAACCAUCGUUCCUUGACAAUUACGCAGUGGUUACCGAUACUAAACUUGAUCGGGAAAAAUAUCCACAAUAUAAAAUUAGAAUUUUAGCCUCUGAUACAGGGUCACCGCCACUAACCGCUGAAAAAGAAGUCUUAGUUGACAUCUUAGACGUUAAUGAUAACGCUCCGGCAUUCAUCCAACCAGUUUAUGUAAUUUAUGUAAAAGAGAAUUGUGCGCCCGGUAAAGUAUUAGGCACAGUUUCAGCCACUGAUCCUGAUGUGGGAGAGAACGCCAAGCUGUCCUACUCCAUCCUGGACUCUAAAGUGCAGGAUGUGUCUGUGUCCUCCUACGUCUACAUCAACUCGGAGAACGGCAGCAUCUACAGCAUGCACUCCUUUGACUAUGAGAAACUGAAGGUGUUUCAGAUUCAGGUGCAGGCAAAGGACCACGGUUCUCCGUCUCUGAGCAGCAACGCUACUGUUCAUGUUUUUAUUCUGGACCAGAACGAUAACGCCCCCUCUGUUAUCUACCCCUCCUCCGCUGUCCACGGCUCCAUCUCUCAGCAGAGGACGUCCCGCUCCUCCAAAGCAGGCCACUUGGUUACCAAGGUAACAGCUGUAGAUGCCGACUCGGGGCAUAACGCCUGGAUCUCCUAUAGACUGGCAGAGGCCACAGACGCCUCUCUGUUCGCUGUCAACCUUUACACAGGGGAGGUGAGGACUAAACGGGCUGUGUCUGAGCAGGACGACUCCUCUCAGAGACUGCUCAUAGAGAUUAAGGACGACGGGGAUCCGGUUCAGUCCACCACCGUCACCGUGUCCGUCCUGUUAGAGGACGGUCUCCACGAGCCCAUUCUGGACCUCAGACACAAGACGGACGAUUCUCACAAGAAAACGGGGAGAAUGGCUCUGUAUCUGAUCCUCUCCCUGGCCUCAGUGUCUGUGCUCUCUCUGGUGACUUUCCUCAUUCUAGCUGUUAAGUGUCUUAAGAGCAGCAGAAGCAGUGGUAGCUGCUGCAUGAGACGGAGCGACAGUGAGGACUACAAGAACCCCAACAGAAACCUCCAACUCCAGCUCAACACUGACGGGCCUAUUAAGUACGUGGAGGUCCUGGGAGGAGACAUGAUGUCUCAGAGUCAGUCCUUCAGGUCCUGUCUCUCUCCCACGUCAGAGUACAGUGACUUCACCUUCGUUAAACCCAGCAGCACCACAGACUUUAAAGACAUGAUCAACGUCUUAGACGCCUCUUUACCUGACAGCACCUGGACCUUUGAGAGCCAGCAGGUGAGCAGUUGUGGUUGAAUUGUAAAAAGUAAA